AUCGAAGAAGCAAUAAAGUCGGCUGCCGUGACUUCUUUAUAAACAUACCGUCAAUAUGGCGACGAAGAUGCGAAGCAUGUUCACAUCUGUCAGUGACAAAGUAUUUCCUGGGUCUGGAAAUCUUAUAGAUAACAGCAGGGAAUCGUUUAUCGGAGGGGGCAAUUUGUUGCUAUCAAACCUUGGUCUGCAAAUGGCACUUUACUUCAACUGCCAUUUCUCUCCAAUAUGGUUUUUGAUUUGCAUUAUCAUGCUGUCUUUAAAGUACAGUCAACUUGGACCAUACUAUAAAUUUGUUUUGAUUGUUGUUUACGUGGUGAUGGCCAGUUUGGAGUUGAUCAGGUUAUAUUUAGGCUACUCAGGAAAUUUGCAAGAAAAGGUUCCAGAAUUAGCUGGCUUCUGGUUGGUUACUUUCAUUCUACAAUUACCACUGACUUGUUUCUUGUUGUUUAACGAAAAUGCUUUAAUCCUACCGAUGGAACGUGCGGUCAACAUCAUCAUGUUGUUAUUUAUGCUCUUUGAAGUUGUGCAAGGCUACAGAGCUAUCAAAAGGAUGACGGAUGCUCAAGUUGAAAAGUUUCAUCUUACACAUUUUAAUACAAACAAUAUCGAAAUGGAUGAUAUCGGUAAUAUACAAACAUUUGAGACUGAUAACAUUAAGAAAUACAUAUAGUCUUAUUGACAGACGCUCAAGUUGAAAAGUUUCAUCUUACACAUUUUAAUACGAACAAUAUCGAAAUGGAUGAUAUCGGUAAUAUAAAAACAUUUGAGACUGAUAACAUUAAGAAAUACAUAUAGUCUUAUUGAUAGAUGCUCCAGUUAAAAAGUUUCAUCUUACAAUUAAAAUUCAAAAAAUAUCGAAAUGGAUGAUAUCGGUAAUGUGAAAACAUUUGAAAAUGAUAACGUUAAGAAACACAGCUGAUCCUACUGGUACAGCUACUAAAAAUGGAGUGAAAACAAAGCAUUCUUAAAAAGUUUAGAGAAUGAAUCCUGAUGCGUAGCAUUUUUGCAGACAUUUCCUCAAUGCCAGUUUAUAGUUUUUACAGAGUUUUAGAUGUUGUUUGAUUUACAAGCCAACUGUGUGGUGUUGGUUGUAAUUCACAUAUCUAGACAAACGUUGGAAAAACUGUACUGUUUAGUAAUGUGCGGUAAAAACAAAAUAGUAUUAAAAAACGCACGUCUACAUGUUUAUUGCACUAACGAUAAUUUUACGCGAAAAGGUUUAGGUUAGCUUUAUUUUCAUAGUAUUUGUGUAAUUUUUGUUACGAUAACGUAUAAUUUUUCAGAGCCUA